AUGGACAGUGACUCAAACUUGAACCUUGAAAAUAAAACUCGUUUAUGUCGUCUUCAUCUAUGGGCAGAUUACAAUGAGUUUGGUUUCAGUCUCUGUGAAAGAUCACAAUCACCUCAUAUUAUUUAUAUGGUUGAAUCAAAUAGUCCGGCAAUGGCUGGUGGUCUUCGUAUUCGAGAUAUUAUUCUUGCAAUCAAUGGUAAGAAUGUAACAAAUGCACAUGAGAAAUGCAUUAGAAAACUAAUCACAAGAGCUCGAAAUUCCAAAAGUGUUGUCGAAUUACUUGUCUGUCAAGAAGAGAUUUAUGCGAUUACAAGACACAAGUCAAAGUUGCAUGAUCUUUCAAUAGCAACAAGACUGGAAACACCAACAACAAUCCCAGUUGAAUAUGUCGAGUUUGCAAGGAAUCCACUACGUACAUGCAUAAUUGUAUUAAAUGGCGAUCAAAAUUCAUCGUUCGGUAUUGCUACAGCUCAUGGUCAAAACGAUAUUGGUUUAUAUAUUACAUAUGUUGUACCCAAUUCACUGGCAGCAUUAGCCGGAUUACGAAAUUCGGAUCGUAUUAUUAAAAUUGAUGGUAUAAAUGUCGAUAAAGAUAAAAGCAAAUCUAUCAUGAAUCAAAUCGAAUUAGCUAAGAUGAUAAAUGGAGCUAUCGAAUUAUAUGUUGCUGACACUCAUGCAUAUAAAACAUACAAAGAUUCAGCAAAAGAAAAUCAGACAUCAAGUGGGACACUCUCAAGAACAGCUCAAAGAUUUCGUCGACAAUCAUCUACAAGUAAGAUAGUCAAUACUUAA